AUGGUGACUGCUUCCGGCCCAGCGACCUACUUCUACAACGACACGAGCCUGCCCGAGGCACAGCGCCAAUACCUCAAGAGUCUCGCUGAUGCUGCCGCCGUUCAGAACCUAGACGAGGACAUUCGCGACUAUGUCCGGGCCAUCACCAUUGCCUUUACCGUCCUGGCUACCGUCGUGGUCGGGAUGCGGUUGUGGGCACGACAACUCCAGGCGGCAAAGAUUUUGAUUGAUGAUUGGGCCAUGAUUGCCGCGCUCGCCCUGCUGUACGGCAACAUGAUCAUCAACCUCGUUCUUGUGGAUCAUGGUAUCGGACUUCACUCGGGACGUCUCCCAUACGAGUCGAUGGAGUUUAUCAACAAGACCAUGAUCGGAGCGGAAAUCCUCUAUGUUACUUGCGUCAACCAGUACAAAAUCGCACUCCUGCUCCUAUAUCUCCGCAUCUUUCCCAUGGCUCAGGUCCGAAAGGGUGCCAUGUGGUGCGGCGCCCUGACUCUCGGAUGGAUGCUUGCCUGUUGGGUGGCUGCCUGCCUGCAGUGCGUGCCGCUCGUGAAAACCUGGAAUCCUUGGGUGCAGGGUCAAUGCAUCAACCUCUUCCUGACCCAGCUGUGCAUUUCCGUCCCGAGCAUCAUUGUCGACAUAGCCAUCCUCGCCCUGCCGAUCCCUCACGUUCUCAAGCUGCAGCUGAGCACCUGGCAGAGGUACUUGGUCAUGGGCACUUUUCUGCUUGGCAGCUACGUCGUCUUCACCAGCUGCUAUCGGUUCAGGAUAUUUCUGGAGUAUACGACAGCUGAUGUGCCUUACUCGAUCGCCGACGGACUUGCCUGGAACAUUGUCGAGUUGAGCAGCGGCAUUGUCUCGGCCUGCCUGCCCACUUUGGGCCCCAUCGUCCGUCUCGGAAUCAAGGCCUGCAGCACCGCGGCUCACGCGAGCGGCUUGACCGGCUACGCCAAGUCGGCAUCCAGAACCGGCAACGGCACGUCCAGCGACCCUCACGUGAGCGGAAGGUCCCGCGGCAAGAGCUGGUCCAAGCUGGGCGAGGCGAGUGCUUCCCGCAACACCGACGCCAAGGGCCCGCUCCAGACCAUCGGGUCUCAGCCGGUCAGGGCGGGACAGCCUCGGGACAGCGACUCGGACAUGGAGUUGCACAUCAUGAGGGACGUCGCUGCACCUUCGCAGGCCCCUUACCGCUAG